AUGACAGUACGACAUUAUGGAAAUAUGGCAUUGCAGCACGGUAUUACAGCUAUGAUUUGGGUGACGGGAAAGGAAAACCUAACUGCCCAUACUUCUGUUGCUGUCAAAGAUGCUUAUCAGAUUGUGACAGCAGAUAAUAGGAAAAUUAAACAAGAGACGCCUGUAAAAAGAGUAACAGAACGUCUGUGUAUGGUCAGUAUUCCUAAUAUUUUGCAAAUCAAUGUCGAUGAUUCGGACGGUCCCGAGAUACAUAACGGUCAUGAUGAAAGUCUCAAUAUUCGUCGAAUGAAAAUGAUGAAUCUCUACG